GCAUGUCGAACAAGGAAGGGAUUCCUCAACAACCUCUCAUCCUCACCGUGCUGAAGGACCUGGAAAAGUUGGGUCACGCCUUCUUUUACCAAAAGAUCGAUGCACGAAAGUACCUCCUGCCCCAAAGGCGAAACAGGGUUUUUGGCUGCUCAGUCAAGACUGGAGACAAGAGCGCAGAGGAAAUCCAAGACCAGGGCAACUGUUGGAAAGAAGUAUUUUGUAGAAUGGGGGCUGGACCCACAGAGCAGUCGUUUACUUUGAACGAUUUGAUGCAGAAGGGGCUAGAACCGCAACCCCUCCAUUCUCCCCAAGAUGUCCGCAACUGGAAAACGGUAGUGGGAAAGGCCAAGCUGAGUGGUCAGAAGCCAGAAGAACUAUGUAUGCACAUGGGGUCCUCAAGUAACAGAUUGGAAUGGGCCCACCUUUCCUCAACCUGCAUUCGACCAAGCCAUGACAUUUUUUGUGGGGCAGAAAACAGGCCCUUGACACCAAUUGAGCUGCUACGUUUGCAGGGGGUUUUUGCAAGUGACUUUGAAUGUCCCGACGCAGUGACUCAGCUUCCUGAUGCCUUAGCCCGAGAUUUUGCGGGCAACGCAUUUCCUACUACAGUUCUUCAAGCCAAUCUGAUUUGUUCUAUGGUGGCCCACCCUCAUGCAUGGCACUGCAUGGCCACCGGUGUUGAUGCUCCAGCCCCUCCAGUCGCAACAAGGGGGAGGAAGAGAAAAGACCAAGGAUCUCAGGAGGGUAACCAGCCUAACAAGUCUCGCAAGAAGAACACGCAGGAGAAGCCGAGUGGCCAUGGUGAAGGUGAUGGUGAAGGUGAUGGUGAUCAUGGCACCGACACCACGGAGAAGAAGAAAAAAAAAAGCAACAAGGGAGAUUGCAUUUGCAUUGCCAAGAAGAUUGCCUUGAUUGACGAGUUCAAUGCUCUGAGGGAUGGUGGGUGCACGAAACCGAACCACGAAAUGCUGAAAAGAAAACGUCCUGGAUACUAUUCUGGAUGUUGCUCCCGAUCCAAGUGGCCUUUGUCUAGAGAGAAGUUCAAGUGGGACAAGUUUAGCGAAUUACUUCCCAACCAAGCUAGCAAGAGAGAUGAAGUCCCUUCAUGGCUGAAAACCAGAUUGUGUGAAGUGGGGAAAUUCAAGGGACCAAAAAAGGAGACCAUUCCCGAUGAGCUUCUCCAAAUAGCAGAUGCCAUUCUCAUGGAUGAGGUCUCGAGGGGCUUGGAAAUGUGCAGAGAAUCAGUUUCCCAACUGCUGAUUAGCCUUAUUGACCUACACAACCAAGAAGCCGAAGCAUUCAACAAAAAAGCACAGAAAGAACACAUGGAGAAAGCGUGUGAGCUGGAACAGAGUGGGGAACUGGACGAAAAAGAACUCGAAGCCUUUUUGAAGGAACAGCCUCAACAAAUCAGCCUGAUUUCCAAAGAGUGGACAGCCAAGAAACUUGAACAUAUCGUGUACCGAUUUUGUAGAAUUUGGGGCUAUGGCCUCUACAGACAAGACAGGCCUUCCAAGCAUCUUUCCCGAGAGCAUCCCUCGAUGAAAUCCCUUCACGAAUACAUCCAGUUUGUCAAGGCAGAGAAAAAAGCGCUGCCCCGCUUAAUGUUCAACUGGGACCAAGUCUGGACAUGUCUUUACGAGCCCAGACGCAAAACCUUGUUCAAGAAGGGCGAUAGCGGUCCCAAGUCUGAUGCGCUCUGGUCUUCCCAACGGAAAAAGAUUGCAAACAGCUUGCUGUCAGAUCUUUUUGGGGCUGAUUUGAAAGAGAAGGAUUUGUGGGAGUCCAAGCUGACCCAGCUGGGUGCAUAUGGGACCUCAGUGACGUGUCAAGGGUGGCGAAGCCCGCGAACGACCACAACUAUAAGUUGGGCUGAUGGGGAGCUUGGACCGGCUUUCAUAUCGUUUGGGGAGGGGCAGCUUGGGGAUCAGGAUGUCAAAGAACUCAACAAGGAGUAUGCGGGUACCUUGCACAUUAUGCAAACGAACAAAAAGUCGCACAUGUGGAAUGGGGAGGUCUGUGUCCAAUUUUUUGAGAUGAUGACCCAAGAAAUUCGACGCAAACGACUUGCCCUGGGGUUCCAAAAUGCAGCUGAUGCUCCAUGCUUGGCUUUAUGUGACCGUGCACCUUCCCACCAGUCAUCCGUUUUUCAACAAAUACGAGUGAACUGGGCCAGGGAAAACAAUGUGAUCCUUGUUGGGGCAGAUCUUGCAGGGGAGUGCAAUGUGCCGGCUGGGUUUGGAGCAGUGAUGCAGCCAAACGAUCAGUUCCAUCAGUUCUUCCACUUGUUGAGAUCUGCUUAUUUGCGCGUUGCAUGUGGAGUUCCUACAAACCCGCUGCACUCAGAGCUAGCUGGCAAGGAGCUCGGGCCGCAGAACGUACCUACCAUAUCAUGCCCCAUACGAACAUCUUUAGCUGCUGAUGCCUUCGCGCUCAACAAGCUACGUGAAUAUCGAAAAGGAUCCAUUGUGCAAUGGGCAUGGAUUACAACAGGUCACGUGUCGGAAGAGGAAGUAGCAGAAUGGAAAUUCGACAAAGACCUUGACGCCUUUCAGGAAGCCAUGGCUGCUUGCAGAGGGGGGAUCAAGGAACUUUUGCACAUGACAGAGGUCCCACCUGUGAACCAUGAGGAGUACAAACAUGCUUGGCAAGGAGCUGCUGGCAUCCUGAAAGGUGAUGCAUUUUCCUCGGAGCCAACUCGAGUUCUUGUGGUAGACUUGCAGGAGCAGAAGGCGAUUGCUCCCUCCAAAGUAGCUAUCAAACAUUCUACCAACAGGUACGUGGUGAUGACAAUUACCAUGUCCCAGCAGGCUGAACAGCUACGUGUCCGGUUUGGCAGUGGUGCGAUGCACAAGUUGAUUGUGCGUGAGUAUCUUGGAAAAAUUGUUUAUGUAGCACAGAUUCAGGAAGGUAGACCUCUAUGA